CGUGCUACUCCACGCGCCCCUCUCUCCUCUCUCUCUAGAGAAGUCGAGAAAAGGAAGAAAUUGAAACCAGAGCAGGACCAGAAGUGAAGAGGAGGAGGAAGAAGAAGAAGCUGAGGAGUUGGUGGAGCUCUGCUGAUCCAUCCGCCGGUGAGAAAUGGCUAACCUGCCGCAGUCCCUCUCCAUGAACGCGCCCUUCGGGAGUGCCCCGGGCGCGUCUGCUCCGAACAUCGCCGGCGGCGCUGCCGCCGCGCAGCCCAACAAGGAGCGGAAGAUGGCCUCCGCCGAGCAGCUGGUGCUCGACCUCAGCAACCCCGAGCUCAGAGAGAACGCCCUACUCGAGCUUUCCAAGAAGAGAGAACUUUUCCAAGAUUUGGCGCCAUUAUUGUGGAAUUCUUUCGGUACUAUUGCUGCUCUAUUGCAGGAGAUAGUUUCCAUCUAUCCUGUUCUCUCACCACCGAAUUUAACUCCUGCUCAGUCAAAUCGUGUCUGUAAUGCUCUUGCUCUUCUUCAGUGCGUUGCCUCUCACCCAGACACAAGGAUGUUGUUCCUUAAUGCUCAUAUGCCCUUAUAUCUUUACCCUUUCCUAAAUACAUCAAGCAAGUCGAGGCCAUUUGAGUACCUGAGGCUUACUAGCUUGGGUGUGAUUGGCGCCCUAGUGAAGGUUGAUGACACAGAAGUCAUUAGCUUUCUCCUCUCAACCGAAAUAAUCCCACUCUGCCUGCGCACCAUGGAGAUGGGCAGUGAGCUAUCAAAAACAGUCGCAACUUUCAUAGUCCAGAAGAUCUUGCUGGAUGACAUUGGUCUCGACUACAUUUGCACCACAGCAGAGCGGUUUUUUGCAGUAGGCCGAGUCUUGGGGAACAUGGUCUUGUCACUAGCCGAACAGCCUUCAUCACGGCUUCUGAAGCAUAUAAUCCGAUGUUACCUUCGACUCUCAGACAAUCCUAGGGCUCGUGAUGCUCUACGAAGUUGCCUCCCAGACAUGUUAUGGGAUGCCACCUUCAGCAGCUGCCUCCGAGAAGACCCAACCACAAGGAAGUGGCUGCAGCAACUGCUUCUCACAGUUGGAGUUAAUCGGGUCCCAACACUACAGGGUGGCAGUGGGUUCGAACACAUGUUGGUGAACUGACGUAACUUGAGAGAUAGGACAGAAUUCUGCUCUGACUGUUUUUUCGUGGUCUGGAAUUUAGCCGAUAACUGCCUGUGGUGGGCUUGAGUGAGUAAGUCUUUUGAUGUGCAAUAUGUACCGCUCUGGUGCUGUUUGAGAUGUAAUUAGUUUGGUGUUCACAAAGCAAAACUGAGCGGCAGGCUGAAGGAUAAUGGCCUCGUGUUGUAGACAACUUUUCCUUGAAAAAGCCAUGUGUAUUUAAGUCCAAAAUGUUUUAUUUGUAAUAAGAAAGAAUGUCUUGGAAUCUGA